AUCUCUUACACAUUUGGAAUGAGCCCAUAACUUACAAGUUAUGCACUGAAUCCAUUGUUCGCCUGGAACACUAUCGACGUAGAAUUCAGUGCACUCUAAACACAUCGUACUCUCGUCGUCUGAAUCUACAGCAUUACCAUCAUUCUCAUGGACGGUGACAUCAGCAAUCUCAUCAACUUUCCUUUCCUUUUCCUUUGCCCUUUCCUUUUCCUUUGCCCUUCCCUUUUCCUUUUUCUAUUUUGUCCUUUGUAUCUGGUUUUUUCUUCUAAUAUGCUUCUCUUUUGUUUUUCACAUCUAAAAGAUUGAGUUUUUCC